UUUAAAACAAAAGGCUCAGAGGGCUCGACCUAGUGGCCUCGGCGCCCCAACGCGUCGGUCCCUGGAAACCGAGAGGUAAACAGGCAACGACGAGAGAGGAAUGAGUGGUUCGCGGCCCGUACCCAGGAGGGAGAGCCCGUGGGGUCUGCCGGAAGGCGAGACUCGCGAGCCCAAGGCUCAUCGCUGCAACGAUCGGGCUGAGGACGUCAUCCAGGCUUGUUUCGAAGGAAAUCCAUUUAAAACGGUUCCAGGACCUUUCAAGCUUUUCUGGAGAUGCAUGCGUUCCAAGCCUGGGGAAGAGCCAAUGGAACCAUUCUACUAUCUGCAGCUUGACCCUCCAAAGAGAGAAGAUCAUAAGCUGGACUAAUGUUAGAAAAAUGUUGGAUCUAACAGAUGCUUGAAGGAAGGGUGAAGGAUUUAUGUAAUGUCUGCAGUCUGCCCAUUUUGCUGAAUUUUCCAGUUUUUAGCAGCUUUGCUGAUUGCAUUUUUAUUGAACCCGGUAAUAAGGAUCUCUUUUUGUCCUUUGGAUUUGGCUUACGAAAAUAAGAAACCAUCCAGUGUUGACUCUUGGCAGGUCCGUCAAGUGGCGUUCUCUGGCUCCUUCUUCCUUUUUUUCUGUAAAUCAUUUUCCAACUUCAGUAUAUUUGGUUGUCAGUUCUUAUUCUUCAUGCUAGACUUGUUUAAAAGUGAAUUCUUGCUAUGAGCAUCAUGAAAGUUUUGUGCUAGAAGUGCUUA